UUAGUGGGUGGCAAGGCGUUGCAGGCGGCGGUACGAAAAUCGGUCGCGUUGUUGAUAGUGAAAACGAAAAAUAAAACAAACAAUCGCUGCAGCAUAAAAGAGGUUUCGUGGGAUUAUAUAUUAUAAUUAAUAUAUAUAUUAUAAUUAUAUAACUAACCGGAAUCGCUGCAAAAUGGCUGCCAUGCAGUCUGGAGGACGACCCCGCGAGCGCCUGCUUUACGCAUUCCGGGGAUGGAUAGCAUUUGUAGCCUUCAUGGACCUGGGCACGGCGUUCCGUAGCUAUAUAGAAAGACGCAGCUUCCUCGGCGACCACAGUGACACGCAGUUUAUAGAGGGUGACUACACCAUAUCGCGGAUUAUCGGAAUGUACUGCCUGCUCAAGGCCAUUGCUCUUGUCCACUGCACCCUCUACAUCCACUACAGACCGGUCGUCAGCAUGGGCGGCUGCUCCUUGGCCCUAACCAUGGUCUUCUACGCCACCGAGGCUCUCUACUUUCGCUCCAGCACCAUCAACUUUUACGUGAUCUUCCCUUGCGUGCUAAAUUCUAUAACUCUACUGGGCCUGAUCUACAUACCCAAACGACUGCGGCUCUGGGAGCCAAAUAUGGAUCUCGAUGACGAGAACUCUCAGCUUCUUAAGCAGAUGACGGGCUACAAAAGACGACGUGCGAAAAAACAAUAAGUGGAUGUUUAAGAAAACUGAAAAGCAAGGGCAGGAAACCCCACAAGUUUCCAGCAGCACAGUAUUGUGAAGGAAUCGCAAAUUUUCCGCUUUGGACUGCAUUGGUGUGAUAGAAAUGGCAUCAAGUUCAUCAUUAUAUAUACUCAAUAGCAAUACUGAAAGCAACGCCAAAUUAGUGAUUUUCUAUGACCUAGUUACGAAGGGGACGCGGUAGUCCCGGAAUAAGUCAAUUUCAGGCAUAAUCACUUCAAGACAUAUGUUGUACUUCCUUUUUAUAAACCAUAUUUACAUACAUUUAAAAAUGUAUAGCACAAUAGAGUUUCUGCACUUUUAAGAGUUGAAAAUCGAUAUUAGGAACUAUUCAAAAUUAUCAGAGUUAGCACCCAAGUUAAACAAUUCAAAUCGAAAGGCUUUAAAUUUACAAAUAAGUUUAAAAUCAUUUUAUUUAGUGUUACGUUGGACUUUUCCAUUAUAUAUACGAUUAACAAUUUAUGGAACAUGCUUCCGGAUCGAUCCUAAAAUUAAGCAAUCGCAUAGUUUAACAUUUUAUACUCAUCACAUAUGAUUAAAAGUUAUAUACAUUAGAAAAA